AUGUACAGCCAAGUCGAGCAUCCCGCCGGAGGCUACAAGAAGCUCUUCGAGACCGUGGAGGAGCUGUCCUCUCCGGUGACCACCCACGUCACAGGCAGGAUUCCCACCUGGCUGCGAGGAAGCCUCCUGAGAUGUGGUCCCGGCUUGUUCGAGGUGGGCGCGGAGCCCUUCUAUCACCUCUUUGAUGGCCAGGCUCUCCUCCACAAGUUUGACUUCAAGGAGGGGCACGUUACCUAUCACCGAAGGUUUUUUUCGUACUUCAAAGGCGUGGAGGUCACUGAUAACGCCCUCGUUAACGUCUACCCCGUCGGCGAAGAUUACUAUGCCUGUACUGAGACCAACUUUAUAACCAAAAUUAACCCAGAUACGUUAGAGACAAUUAAGCAGGUGGAUCUCUGUAAAUACGUCUCCAUCAAUGGGGCAACGGCUCACCCCCACAUUGAAAACGACGGGACGGUUUACAACAUCGGCAAUUGCUUUGGAAAAAACUUUGCGAUCGCUUACAACAUCAUACGGAUUCCUCCGCUUCAGGCAGACAAGGAAGACCCGAUGAACAAGUCGCAGGUGGUGGUGCAGUUCCCUUGCAGCGACAGGUUUAAGCCCUCUUACGUUCACAGCUUUGGGCUGACCUCAAACUACAUAGUGUUUGUUGAAACACCGGUGAAAAUCAACCUCCUCAAGUUCCUCUCCUCCUGGAGCCUUUGGGGAGCCAACUACAUGGACUGCUUCGAGUCCAACGAAACCAUGGGGGUCUGGCUUCACGUGGCAGAGAAAAAGAAGGGCAGGCUCCUCAACAUCAAGUACCGCACCUCGGCCUUCAACCUCUUCCAUCACAUUAACACCUACGAAGAUAACGGAUUUCUGAUUGUCGACCUCUGCACCUGGAAGGGGUUCGAGUUUGUUUACAAUUACCUCUACUUAGCCAACUUACGAGCAAACUGGGAUGAAGUGAAGCGACACGCAGAGAAAGCCCCGCAGCCCGAAGCUCGCAGAUACGUGCUGCCCCUGAAUAUCGACAAGGCUGACACGGGCAAGAACUUGGUCACCCUCCCCUACACAACAGCUACGGCAACCCUGCGCAGCGACGAGACCAUCUGGCUGGAGCCAGAAGUUAUUUUCUCAGGGCCACGCCACGCCUUUGAAUUUCCACAGAUCAAUUACAAGAAAUACUGUGGGAAACCUUACACAUACACGUAUGGGCUGGGGCUGAAUCACUUUGUCCCAGACAGGCUUUGCAAGCUGAAUGUUAAAACAAAGGAGACCUGGGUGUGGCAGGAGCCGGAUUCGUACCCAUCGGAGCCGAUCUUCGUUUCCAGUCCAGAUGCCCUGGAGGAAGAUGAUGGGGUUGUGCUGAGCAUCGUGGUCAGCCCGGGAGCGGGGCCGAAGCCCGCUUACCUCCUGAUCCUGAACGCCAAAGACAUGAGCGAGGUUGCCAGGGCCGAAGUAGAGGCGAACAUCCCUGUGACUUUCCACGGAUACUUCAAACGAGCGUGACCGCUGCCUGCAAUGUGUCACGUUAGGUUUCUUCCAGCUCUGAGAAGGUGCCGUCUCCGUUUACAAUGACCUAAAUUCCUUCAACAUCACUUUGUAUUUCUAUGGCUACUUAAUUAAGAAUGAGCAUUUCAGUUUUGUUGAUGAUUCUUCAAAAUACUUAACCAGGUAUUUUUCAAAUACACCCUUUGGCACAAUUUCAAGAUGUACAGCGCUAAGAACUAUACAGUUAAAACAUCACAAGUUUGCAGUGGUGGGGAGGAGGUUUUCUGUUUUUUCCAAAAUUAAACUUUGCAGCUGCGACAGUUAAAGAGGCACAAAACAGCACAGUACGCACGGUAACGUUCUGUAGAACAGCCUCUGUGCUCUGUUACACGCCUUGAGAAGAGGCGAUUUUUAGCCUAUACUGAAGUAUUGCGAAUUUAAAUCACCUCCUGGUCACUCUUUCAGUAUCCCCAGAGCACUCCGAGUGGAGUCUUUCCACAGCUGCCUUGGAAAUCGGAACUGGCAGGCCCCAGGCUGUGUGGCAGGCAGCACUUUGUCCUUCACUAAGGUUGAAAACUGCACGCACGAGCUUAUGUGUUUUCUCUUUCCCAUUUCUUUUGUCAAAGUGCAGUUUCUUGAGUUCUGGAUUUCAUACUAAAACAUGGAUGUGGAAAAAAUCAAGCAAUUGUUAUGGCUUGGGAUGAAUUUGCUCCCUUGGUGUGCUAUAGACUCUCAGCUUAAUCCUUCCUUCUCACAAAAUAAAUUUUCAA